AGGCAGUGGAACUGUUAGCCUUUUAAAGGAUAGAACAGACUUGAUGGGCCGACUGGCCCCAUUGUGUGGCACACGGUUUCAUGAAAAUAAAACAAAGGUAAAACUGCAACAAAGGAAAAUUCAAAGUGAGAAACCAACUCUGCGUAUUUAAAGAGACAAAAAAAACUUUAUAACAUUUUCAAAUUUGUUCUGAGAUUGAAGGCACGUGCUUUUCGGUCGAAGGAUUAAGCAAUUUUAUGAAUCCGAUUACUUCCAGAUUUCCUUGGGACGGGUGACACGACAAACGAGUUAAAGCGGUGAAGUGGAGAAGGGCUUGCACCGGAAUCCCAGACCCUUCCCUACUGCUACAUUGGCUCGCCUCUCGCAGGAGGGAAGCUGAUGAUUUGCUGGGCUGGUUGUCAAUUCCGGAGCAGGCAGUUGGGGGAGAGGGCGAGUUGUGUUCCAAUGUCAUUUCCGUAAUGGAUGUAAAGUAGUAGUUUGUAGGGGGGAAAAAAGAAUAAAAAAUCAAUGGGAAUGUGAUGGAACCCCGAGCAAUCACAGAUUAUGGAGCGCAGCAGAGAGGCGGUUAGCAUCUGCCAACACAUUCAUGUUCAGUUACAAGGUGGAGCUCCAUGGGGUUUUACCCUAAAAGGGGGACUGGAACAUGGAGAGCCCCUCACCAUCUCAAAGGAGAAGUGGUCCAGGGAUAAGACCUUACACAUGGCACCUGGCCAAGUUAUCGGAGACGCAACCUGAGGCUACUAUGAUGCCCUAUUCAUCAGGGUCUUUAAGUCUGUCGUGGCAUUCGGGAUAUGACUCCAGUGACUUUCCUAUGCAGUGGGAUCAACUAGCUCUCCGUCACAACUUGGAUCAAAGGAGCUCAUUCGGAAGUAUGGACAGCCUUGACCAACCUAACCAAAGUUGUGACCAAAGCACAUAUCCUAACAAAAGAGAUUCUGCCUACAGCUCAUUUUCUGCAAGUUCUAACACCUCUGACUACACUGUCUCGUCAUCAAUUAAGACAGAUGAGUCUGCUUCCAUGGACAGUAUAUUGCAUGGUUUGGGACCAUGGCUACCAACAAGGUAUGGGGACACCCAGUACCAGCAAAGUGGAAGUGAGGUUGGGGAGCCACCAGCUGAGGAACAGCUAUGUUCACACUGUGGGAAGGGGUCAUCUGAAAGAGACAACCUACCACCAUCCCAUGUACGUGAAGCGAAUGCUCCAGGCUCUACCAGCUCAGCCCCUCCACCACCGCCUGUUCGCAGGGAAAGUUUUGUGGCAACCAAAGCUCGCUCUGCAUCUGUGUGUGUGACGAGUUCUGAGGCAUUUAGAACAACAAACUUGUUGCUGCAUCGUGGUAGGUGGACUUCUGAAACCUUGUUAUCAACAAGGAAUAGGGAUUCUGUGGGAGACUGUUGUGUUCCUAAUAGCUCUACUGGCACUUCCCAGCACUGUAGUAAAUCCGUGUCAAGUCAUUGUCCAGUAGAAUGUUGCUGUCAGUUGAGGGAACAACCAAGGCACAACUGUCAUCCUCACAGGCAAGGUGAAGAAAUUAUUUCUCAUGAAAAUACAACAUAUCCUGGAAAAUCCAAUCGGUCUUUAAUGGGGCAGUUGGAAUUAUGCAACUUAAUUGAUCCGUCAUUAGUUGCCCGUCAAUACCAGAACUUAAAUCAAACUGAUCCGUGUGAAAGAUUGACUUUGAAUUUGCAUAGACACAGUGCACCUGAGAAGUUAUUGUCAGUGCAACUGCAUUCACCAAUGAUUUCGGACGGUAAUAAAAAUGGUUUGGGAAUAUUGUGUAAUCAGGAAAGAGGUGAAUGGCCCAAUAGUAUGCCUUUACCUCAGGAUGGAUAUCAGUCCAAUGUUGGGCUUCCUUAUAAAGCUUUGAACAAAAUUGAUUCGACAUUUGAAAAGCGGAUAAAAGAGAAUCCUUUGAAGUCUGAAUGCAAACUGAAGGGAAAUCAACACUAUGUUGGUGCCUCUACUUGCGGUCACUGUUUAGAUAGUCAAGACCUUUCUUCUUGCAAGACUCAACACAGUCGAACAAGUUGCAGAGGUGUAUCUGUUGGAAUGAUAGUACCACCAAUACCAUCUGAUCCAAUGAGUGAAGUUGGAAGUGCAUCCUCAAGUAGUAAUAUUGUAGAAACUGAGGCAGAUUUGGAAGAAAUCAAGAACGAAACUGUCCGAAAUGCCCGGGUAUCAAGUUCCAGAGCAGCCAGAAUGCGACGCAAAAGUGACCGCUUUGCCACAAAUUUGCGGAAUGAAAUACAAAUGAAGAAAGCUCAGCUCCAUAAGCAAUGUGGUGCUGCACUACUGCAGAUGGAGGAAGCUUCCGAAGAAAUGAGUGAGCCAAGUGAGAAGCCAUCCACUUUCUAUACUUGUAUAAUAGAUAAGUCUGAGGCCAACGACAUAGCAGAGGAAACUACUAGUAUGAAGCCACAGACAACCAGUCGCAAUAAAAACCUGGAUAACGUGCCAGAAGAUCAUAAUACUGGAAGUUUGCAUUUCUGUUCAUUGACCAGCAAUUCCAAUAUUUCACCAGACAAAUGCAAAACAGAAAUAGAUUCAGUAUCCCAAAGCUUUGAACAGAAGACUGCACAGGAAUCUUGGGGAGGUGACCUCAGGAGUUGGACAUCUGAAAAUAAGCUGGAGUGUCAAAGUAAGGUGAUGAAGGCAAGUGGGGCAGAUGAGAUGAAACAGUGUACAAUGGCAUCGUUGCAAGAACCAGAUACCUCUCCAUUAAUGCCCUUUGCAGAGAGGAGAAAAUUCUUUGAAGAAACUAGUAAAAGCUACUCGGGAUCUGAUUCUUGCAAUUUUAUAGCUCUAAAGAAUAAAUCAAAUUCCAUAGGAAGGUCGAAAGGUCAGCAUUUAUACAGUAAGUUGCACAUGCUUCCAUGUGAUGAUCUGAUGCAGUCUGAUGAGGCCACCUUCCAAGUCUCUACAGGCAGUGUCAGCCAAUGCUCUGAGAAACAUCCAGCUUGUUCAUCUCAAGACUCGGAACAACAAAAACACUACACUCGAGUGAAACAACGUGAACAGACAUGUGAACAUUUAAAGCCACUCAAACCAAAUAUUUCAAGCACUUUGAAAGACCAUUGUGUGUCUCAUAUUCAACAGAUGCAACCCCCCACCAAAGGUCCAUCAAUAUGUUAUCAGGAUUGUCAUUCAGAUGAUGGUCACCUCGAAGAACCUCGAUCUACCACAAGACUCAAACAGGUGCCACCCACUUUACCCAAGGGAUAUCCGGUGGAAAAACUGGAUCUGAUUGAGAUAAUAAACAGGAAGUUUUCUUCACCAGAAAGAGAAACAAAGAUACAAUGUGUAAGCAGCGUGCAAGAGGCACAUUCUGAAUCCAAGUCAAAAGGGAAUCUCAAGGAUGAGUGGAAUACAUUGCCAAGGGAAUCCAAGCAGGAAAGUUCUUUGGAGACACCCAGCCCAUCUGCUGCACUGCCUUUGCCUUAUCCUGCAUACUCCGCACACGCUCCCCAAAGUGAAGUUGGCUGCAAUUGUACCGGCCAAGAUAUUGAUUGCGAAUCACCUACUGUAUUGAGAAAGUUUGAAGGAGAGAAACGUGCCUCACAUGAUUUUGAAGCAUGUAGACAUGAUGAUUUAUCUACCAACAAAAAAAAGAAAAAUCCUCCACCACUGAGACCUCCACCACCAGACCUGGAGAAAUACAGAUUGCAGAAACUGUCUCAGCAUGAAACAAUCGAUUUGGGAAAACAACAGUCUCAAACACAAUUGCAACAUAGCACAUCAGAUUUGGAAUCGCACCAAUCUAGGAACUUGUCUCAGCAUGAACUGCCAUUUUCAGACAAGUUCCAAUUCAAGAAACCACCUCGAUGUGAAUUGGAGAAUUUUGAAAAGGGCAAGAAAAUAUCGCAAUGUGAAUUACCAGAUUUGGAAAAUUCCCAGACCAGGAAACCAUCCCAUCAUGAAUUGGAGGAUUUGGAAAAGUACCAGUUCCAAAAAGUGCCCCAGCAUGAGUUGUCAGAUUUGGAUAUUUUACAGCCCCGGAAAUCACCUGCACGUGAAUCGACAAAUGUGAAUAGGUACAGAUCUCGGAGUCUGGGACAACACGAAUUGCCAGAUACAGACAAGAUUCUACCACAAAAACUGUCCCAGCACGAAUUAUCAGAUGUGGGCAGAUAUCCAUCCAGGAAAUUGUCCCAGCACGGAUUGAUAGAUAUGGAGAGCUAUCCACCCAGACAACUGUCCCAGCACGAAUUGACAUAUCUGGACAGUUACCCACCACGGAAACUAUCCCUCCAUGAAUUGCCGGAUAUAGACAGGUACCCACCCUGGAAACUAUCCCAGCAUGAAUUGCCGGAUAUAGACAGGUACCCACCCAGGAAGCAGUCCCAGCAUGAGUUGCAAGACAUGGAUAGAUAUCCACCUCGGAAACUGUCCUACCAUGAAUUGCCGGAUAUAGACAGAUAUCAAUUCUGGAAACUAUCUCAGCACGAAUUGCCAGAUAUUGACAGAUAUGCACCCCAGAAACUGUCCCAGCAUGAAUUGCCAGCUGUGAACAGAUAUGCACCCCAGAAACUGUCCCAGUAUGAAUUGCCAGAUGUGGACAGGUAUCCAGCCAGGAAACUGUCUCAGCACGAAUUACCGGAUAUGGACAAGCAUCCAGCCCGGAAAUUGUGCCAACAUGAAUUAUCAAAUGUAGGCCAUAUUCCACCCAGGGAACUGUGCCAACAUGCAUUACCAGAUAUGGACAAAUACCAGAGCCGAAAGCUGUCAACACACGAAUUGCAAGAUUUACACAAAUACCAGCACCGGAAGCUGUCUCUGCAUGAAUUGCCAGAAAUGGAAAAGUACCAGUUUCGAAAACUAUCUCUGCACGAAUUGCCAGACUUGGAUAAAUAUCGGUUACAGAGAGGUGCUCAGUAUGAAUUGGAUCCUGUGUUAAUCUCACAGCCCGCAUCUAUGAUUUGGAAAAAGUCUGAACCAAUCACUGAGAGGGAAACAUGGACUUAUUCAGACCCAUCUACAAACGCUGGAUCUGCUGGGAACAUUGCAACACGAUAUUCUCAUCCAUCACAAAUGUGUGCAGAUUACUCAAUGGGCUUUGAAUACAGGUAUCCAAGAUCCAAUUUCAUUAAUCCAAGAUGUUUAGGACCUUCCACUUUAGUUCCUGUUCCAGGCGAACAUAUGAUCUCUUCCUUGUAUAAUUAUAAGUCAAAUAGGCCAGCGAUGAAAUUGGCAGUGCCCCUGGAGAGUGAUGUCACAUCAAGAACUCAAAAAUUAAUGGAUUCAACGGGAGUGGGGACAUCCAGCGGGGGAAGAAACUGGCCAUUUGAACGAGAGCAUCUCUACCACCCAGACAACAUGCCAUCUGCAAAGAAUGAGGUGGAUCUAGGCUGUCAACGAUGUGGAGAGUCAUACUCCAGUAUUGUCAGCAGACAAGAUGAAAGGUGGGAAGAUUCAGAAAUUUACGUUAAACCUGUCACCAAAUCGCAAAGAAACAUUAUCCAAAGCCCCUCUUGGGAUCCUGGUGAGGGAAUUGAGACUGUGAGGUGCUGUCCGGAUAUGAAGUGCAGACCUCCCACUGAGUUCACUUCUGAGGAGUUACUGAGAGAUAUUGCUGGGAAAGACCAAUCUCUGGCAGAUAUUCUGGAUCCAAACUCGAAGAUGAAGAGUGCUGUGGACAUGAUGGGUGGAAUCUUUCCAGAAAGCAAAGAGGAGCUGUCACGGGCACGUGAGCGCAAGAAACGGAAUCCACUACAGCUGAGCCUGAAUGUUAACUCUGAGAAGGUUUCAGUACAGGCUACGUCUCCAACUCCAACAGUUGGCUCAACGACUUGCUCCACCUACUAUAGCACAUCAACUGCUAAGGCCGAGCUGUUGAAUAAGAUGAAGGACCUUCCCAAAAUGGCUGAAGAAUGUUUGGAGGAGGCAGAGGAAGAAGAUAAUAAGUUGAUGGAAAAGAAGCACCAAUUAAUCUGCAGUCUGAGCAGAAAACUUAGUGUGUUGCAUGAAGCCCAGAAGAGCCUCUUGGAAGACAUCAGUGCAAACUGUGCCCUGGGGGCAGAAGCUGAAAGAAUGGUGAACAGUGUCUGCAAACCCAAUGAAUUUGAUAAGUACCGUAUGUUCAUUGGGGAUCUGGAUAAGGUGGUAAAUCUGUUACUGUCGCUCUCUGGUCGACUUGCAAGAGUAGAAAAUGCCUUGAAUAAUUUGGAUCCUGAGACAAAUGAGGAAGAGCGGCAUGCACUGAAUGAAAAGAAAAAACAACUCACAGCACAACUUGAAGAGGCUAAAGAGCUGAAAGAACAUGUGGAUCACAGGGAGCGAGUCGUCCAUGAUAUUCUGGUCAAGCAUUUGUCGGAAGAUGAGCUCCAGGAUUACACUCAUUUUGUAAAGAUGAAAUCUGCUCUCAUCAUCGAGCAGCGAGAGCUGGAAGAUAAAAUCAAGCUUGGUGAAGAGCAGCUCAAAUGUCUGAGAGAAAGCUUAUCUCUCGGAGUAUACAAAGACAACAUCUGAAAUAUAGUUCACAAAAUAAAAUUUGGCCCAUAACUAACCGCAAACCUGUCAUAUUCCAAAGCAAUGGAUUCAUUAUCCAAAUGUGUUAAUAACCAGUGGCAUGAAAUGCAGAAUUUCUUUGUGAUUGAUGAUUGUGAACUUCAGCCUUACUUAUCAUAUUUGGUGCAAAUAACUUGCGUGAAAAUAAGGAAGUGUUAACGUUCACACAGUUGGUCAUAAGUGCAACCCUGGAUCACAGGGAUUUAGGAUGGUGCCGUGUUAUUUUAGCAUCUGGUAUUGAAUGAUGUGUUUAGAUAGGGCACCUUAAAGACCACAAAUAGCUUAGAGUUCAUAGUUGUUAGGGAGAAAGUCACCUUGGAUUCCUGAUUCUGAUUAUUAUCCAGUAUGGCUUCUGGAAAAAAGAAACAUUGUUGGCUGAGAAUCAUACUGAGCUUGAGUAUGAUGGGUUUUUUCAGUUAGUUUGCUUGUUUAACAUUUGGACUUGUAUAUGUAAAGUGGUGAAUUGAGCAAAGCACUCUAGGGCUGCCAGUGCAAUGUUAAGAAGUGUGCCUUUAGAAGAAAAUUACAAGGGGAUCAUAAUUAUUUUGACAGUAAAUUGAGUUGAAUUUGGGAUAAUUCAAAAUGACUCCUAGUUCAAGCUUUUAAUCAUUUUCUGGAGUUCAGUACUGUGUAUGCUGAAAAUUGCAUACGAAGAAUAUUCGUCCUUGGUUACUAUUAAAGUGAAUGGUAUU